UGUUUACAGGAAGUGAAACUGUUCUACAGCCACUGGCACCUGCUAAAAUGGCGCAGCAAGAAAAUCAACUGGACAGAGAAAGAUUCAGUUGUUCGAUUUGUCUGGAUCCGCUGAAGGAUCCGGUGACUACUGGCUGUGGACACAGCUACUGUAUGAGCUGUAUUAACACCCACUGGGACAAAGAGGAGGAGAGAGGAAGCUACAGCUGCCCUCAGUGUAGACAGACCUUCACACCGAGGCCUGUCUUGGUGAAAAACACCAUGUUAGCUGAUUUAGUGGAGGAGCUGAAGAAAACUGGACUCCAAGCUGCUCCUGCUGAUCACAACUAUGCUGAACCUGAAGAUGUGGCCUGUGAUUUCUGCACUGGUAGAAAACUGAAAGCUCUCAAGUCCUGUUUGGUUUGUUUGGCCUCUUAUUGUAAAAAACACCUCCAGCCUCAUUUUCAGUCACCUCCAUUUAAGAAGCACAAACUGGUGGAGCCCUCCGUGAAGCUCCAGGAGAACAUCUGCUCUCGUCACGAUGAGGUUAGGAAGUUGUUCUGCCGCACUGAUCAGCAGUGUAUCUGUUAUCUCUGCUCUGUGGAUGAACAUAAAGACCACGACACAGUGUCAGCUGCAGCAGAAAGGAGUGAGAGGCAGAGAGACCUUGUGCUGAGGAGACAAACAAUCCGGCAGGGAGUCAAGGACAGAAAGAAAGAUGUGAAGCUGCUUCAAAAGGAGGAGGAGGCCAUCAAUGGCUCUGCUGAUAAAGCAGUGGAGGACAGUGAGGAGAUCUUCACUGAGCUGAUCCGUCUGCUGAAGAAAAGAAGCUCUGAUGUGAAGCAGCAGAUCAGAUUCCAGCAGGAAACUGAAGUGAGUCGAGUCAGAGAGCUUCAGGAGAGACUGGAGCAGGAGAUCACUAAGCUGAAGAGGAAAGACCAUGAACUGAAGCAGCUCUCAGACACAGAGGAUCACAACCAGUUUCUAAACAACUACCCCUCACUGUCCAUCAGUGAAUCUACACACUCAUCCAGCAUCAGGAUCCGUCCUCUGAGGUACUUUGAGGACGUGAAAGCAACUGUGUCACAGGUCAGAGGUCGACUGCAGGACAUUCUGAGUGAGACAGAGACAGAGAUUUUACAGAUUGUGUCUCAAGUGGAUGUUUUACUUCCACAACCAGAGCCAGAGACCAGAGCUGAGUUCUUAAAAUAUUUACAGGAAAUCACACUGGAUCCAUACACAGCAAACAAAGAGCUGUUAUUAUCUGAGGGAAACAGAAAAGUAACAUUAAUGAGAGAAGAACAGUCUUAUUCCAAUCACCCAGACAGAUUCACUGUUUGGCGUCAGGUCCUGAGUAGAGAGAGUCUGACUGGACGUUGUUACUGGGAGGUGGAGGUGGAGGUUAGAGGACUAGUUAGUGUAGCAGUCGCAUACAAGAAUAUCAGCAGACAAGGAGAGUCACAAGAAUGUGUAUUUGGAUUCAAUGAUAAAUCUUGGUCGUUACAUUGUUAUGGAAACAGUUAUAUCUUUUAUAACAACAGGAUCAGGACUCCAGUGUCAGGUCCUUGGUCCUCCAGAGUAGGAGUGUACCUGGAUCACAGUGCAGGUGUUCUGUCCUUCUACAGCGUCUCUGACACCAUGACUCUCCUCCACAGAGUCCACACCACAUUCACUCAGCCUCUCUAUGCUGGAGUUUGGGUUUGUUAUUAUUCUGGAGUCACAGCUGAGUUCUGUAUACUCAAAUAGACUUGAGUCAUUAAAAGCAGUGAUUUGAACCUGGCGGAUCCUGUGUCUAGCUGGCUGAUCGUGAUAAUAAUGGCGGAUCGUGUUGGCAUCUGAUAGUGGUGGUGGACCACGAUUGAGGGGGCAACUGACCAUGGACUAAGAUUACAACAAGAUUGCUUGAUAUAUAAUAUUUCUCCUUAGAUACUCAACCAUAACUGACAAUAAUCCAUCAAUUUAUUGACCUUCCACUAUGUUACAAAGUGUUUAUUCUAAUCAAUCUUAUCUUCCUGAUGUCCUCCUUUACACAAGGCAUCUAUUGCACUUCUGUCCGUCCUGGGAGAGGGAUGCCUCACAUGUGGCUCUCUGUGAGGUUUCUAUGUUCUCUUUAACCUGUUAAAAUGUCUUUUUCAGUAGUUUUUCCUUACUCUUGUUGAAGGUUAAGGGAAGGGAAUGUCACACCUUGUUAAAUCCCUUUGAGACUAAUUGUAUUUGUGAAUAUGGGCUAUACAAAUAAAAUUUGAUCGAUCGAUUGAUUUA